CUAACUCAUUUGAGCGGGCAUUUUGAAAUUUUGCGGAUGAAUGCGUCAAACGCUGCUGCUGAGCUCAGCGCCACUGAGCAAAGGAUUAUUAGGAUAAAGUCGGAUAUAGAUCAGUUUGAAGAACUAUUCAGACGUGUCGUCAAUGGGUUUGGAGACACUAAAUACCUCAAUGAACAAUAUCACAAACUUAUCCUCACAACCAAGGAUUUAUCUUUUCAUUUGGAUACCCUGCAAAAAGCAAUUCAGCUGGGGUCACAAAUUCCCGAUCUGCGUGCUCGAGCUCGUACUUUAAAUUCUCAAGCCAUAAGUCAACUUGGACGUUUGCAAAAAUUGGGUAAUAGUGUUCAACAACAUGCCAAAAGUGAGACAAAAGUUGAAUCACUUAACAGUGAAGGAAAAUAUCCAUCUGUCAAUGACUUUGCAUUCAGUCAAGGUCCUUUAGAACAAAAGCAGAUAACUAUGGAAUCUAAAGCAGAUAUUCAGCGAGCACAUGAUAUGGAACAGUUGGAAUCGGAUAUUGUUCAAGUGAAUGAAUUAUUCACCACACUUGCUACUUAUAUUCAUGAUCAAGGAACUUUAGUUGAUUCAAUAGGAGAUAAUAUAGAAGUAGCCUAUGAACAGGUUCAAAGUGGUACAGAACAACUGACUACAGCAACAAAACAUCGAAAAUCAGCACGACGUAAAAAGUGUAUCUGUCUUGGAUUAGUCAUCUUGAUUUUAUUCAUUAUCGGCUUGGCUAUUGGAUUAUCCUUGAAACAAUGAUUGAUUGAUUGAUUGAAUAGUGUUCAUAUACGCAUACAGUGAUACAAUCCGUUGUUUUGUUUUGUUUUGAUUUUUUGCUUCACCCCGCCAUUAACAUUAUUAUUAUGUGAUUUGGAAUUUCUGUUAAUUUCUCUUUUUUUUAAUUAUUAUUAUUAUUAUUAUUUGAUGACUAGUUUGAUUUAUUCUCAAAAUUUAUUGGUUUCUAUCAUGAUUUCAUCAUAUAUACACGCAAAACCGCUUACGUAGAAAGCAGAACAGAACUACAACACACAAUGUCUUUCAAUGACUUACAAUUAUCUUUUUUUCUUUUCUUUUCUUUUUGGUCAUUGUUUCAUGGUUUUACUUUGUCUAUUUUUCACUUUUUGACAGAGAGACAGACCCCCCCCCCAACAAACACACAAACAGACACAGUAUUCCAUAAUAUUAUAAUAACUUCCAACAUUCUUCUAUGCUGAUGACGAUGAUGAUGAAUGUGUGUGCGUGGGUGGGGGGUUUUUGUAUCUCAUUUAUGACGCCUACUUGAUUGUACAGUUACAAUAAUUUAUAUCAUACAUAUUCAUAUAUAUGAUACCCACUCAUUCGCCAUACACAUUUAUUCAUCAUUAUAUAUAUUUUUGUGUUUUUUGUUAUAAUUUUGCAUACAUUUAUAUUCCCCUUUACUUGAUGAAUAUUUGAAUAACGUUUCAGUGAUCGGGAAUUUGGAUAAACUUUAUUACGACGAAGAGAUUUCCAGUAAAUUUUGGGAUAUCGAUUAUUAUUGAAACAGUCAUUUAUAAAAUCUAAACAUGUUUUCGCUUCUGUGAGUCUGGCAUUAUACUUCAAGUACUCAUUGAGUGCCUUCAAUGCACUGGGAUCCACACGUGAUUUCAAAUCUUGAAAUAUUCCCAUUUAUAGUAUUAGAACAAGACAUAUAAGCAAACAAUAUUUUAUUUUUC